AAUCCCACAUGCACUUUGACCGCAGCUAUGGCGAGCUCCAUGAUUAACAAUGUGUUUGGUAGAGACGCCUCGGCAUAUUUUGCGACAUUUGGACUUGUUGCAGCGUCCUAUCUAGCACUUAAAGUUGCAUUUAAUGUAAUCAAAGCGUUGAAAGCAGUUGUUUUUGCUGGAUCUACAAAUUUCAAAAAAUUAGGAUCAUGGGCAGUUGUUACAGGUUCAACGGAUGGCAUUGGAAAGGCUUAUGCAAAAGAGUUAGCUAAAAAGGGCAUCAAUAUUGUUUUAAUAAGUCGUUCAGAAGCAAAACUUCAGGAGGUUGCCAAUGAAAUAGAAAAAGAGAGCAAAGUUCAAACUAGAAUUAUUGUGGCUGACUUCAGUAAAGGUCUGGAGUUGUAUGAUUCCAUCAGGAACCAGUUAGCUGGCCUGGAGAUUGGAACACUGGUAAACAAUGUGGGAAUGUCAUAUUCUUUUCCCAACUACCUUUUGGAUUUACCUGAUAGAGAAGAGUUUUGUAUGAAAAUGAUCAACAUUAAUGUAACAUCUGUAACUAUGAUGACUAGCAUUGUGAUGCCUGGUAUGGUAGAGAGAAGGAGAGGUGCCGUCAUAAACCUGUCAUCUGCCGCAGGACUGAACCCCACCCCUCUGCUCACUGUGUACUCAGCCUGCAAGGCUUAUGUCUCAUUCUUCUCCCAGUGUAUUCAGGAUGAGUAUGGAUCUAAGGGAAUUAUUUGUCAGUGUGUGAUGCCGUAUUUUGUUGCUACUAAGAUGUCCAAGAUCAGGAAACCCUCUUUAUUUGCACCUAGUCCCAAUACCUAUGUGAAAUCCGCCCUGAAUUCUGUUGGUGGAUCAGUUGCUACCCAUGGCUACUGGGCACAUAACAUGCAGGGUGCAGUAUCUAGCCUGUUACCGCCAGCAUUCCUAAAACUGAUGACCUUCAACAUGAUGGACAAAGCCAGGAAAGCUUACUUAAAAAAACUGGCCAACAAGAAGGAAUAAUGUUAAUCAAGUCAAUAGCAUGCAAUUAUAUAGUUGCGUAAUUUUUUUUUUAUAAUUAAGUUUCAAGAUGCUUCAUCUACAGUACAUUGCAUAAUGCCAGUAUAUGUAUGAACAUGUACUUUUUUUCCGAGGAUUGAUAGACAUGCACAACAUGUGUAUAAUCUAUGCAUAAACUCUACAUUAUUUUUUACAUACAUUUAUGACUGUAAAAAAUGCAUUAAAGUCAAUGUAGAUGAAAUCCACAUCAUCCAUAGUCAAUACCAGCUAGCCAUGCAAUACAUAAUGUAUUCACUGAAUGAGAUAAGGUCUUGAAAAAAUAAAUAUUUCAAAUUUUC